AUGACUGCCGCUUGGAAAGCCGCUGGCCUGACCUACAACCGCUACCUGGCGAUUGCCGCCCGGACGGUGCGCCGCUCUCUGAAGGAGCAGUCCCGUCUCGCCGCUGAGCGCCGCGGUCAAAUGGACUUGCGUUUCGCCAAGUGGGAGAACGGCAAGCAGGGUGACGUCCGCUCGCUCGCCCAGGCCAACAACGAGGCCAUCGCUCAGAACGCCGAGAAAUAG